AGAAACUUCAUCUUUUCAUAUUUUAUCAGUUCAAAGUUUUUGAGCAUUAAGUGCACCAUCGUAAGUAAUUUGUACAAAUGAACCCUCAGAAUAACAUAAUAGCAAAGGUGGCACACGUGUUAAUCCAUCUCCCACGUUUCACUCCCAAGAGCUUAAACAACUGCCACCUCCCCACUACCUUUGGUUCUCCUCACUCUCUUCAAACAUCCCAUCUUUGGUUUCCCCCAAAAUUCUUCAGUUUUGGCACUGAGAAAGAAAAAGAAGAAAUGGGUUCAGAAACUUUUGUAGAAAUCAUUUUGGCAAUUCUUCUUCCACCUCUUGGAGUUUUCCUUCGCUAUGGCUGUGGGGUGGAGUUUUGGAUUUGUUUGUUGCUGACCAUUUUGGGAUAUAUACCUGGAAUUAUAUAUGCAAUUUAUGUUCUUGUUGGAUAAAAAAAAAAAAGAAGAAGAAGAAGAAGGUUUUGAAUGUGUCAUUUUAUAAAUGUCUGUUUUUUAUUUUGCUUUGUUCAUGUAAAGUUGUGGUAAAUCAAGGAAGAAUGGACAUUUUGUGAUUAAAAUUGAUGAAGUUUUGGUUUUUGUUUCCCU